UCUUCAACUGAGCGGUUGUCUAAAGCGAAUAAAUUGCUUUGUUCUCGUAGUUGUCCGUUCUGUUGUAUUUUUUUUUUAUUUUAAUAAAAUAAUUUACAGACCAAACAAUGGCGGCAAAAGUGUCAUUGAUAGUGUUCAGUUUAUUAGUUGCUCACACAUGUGCUCAACUUUCUUUGGACGAUCUUAUUGGUCAAGUUUUUAAUAAUAACACUCCGGUGGAGAGUACAACUCAAACUUUCCAACCUACACCAACAAAAACUACUGUUUUGGAUCAACGCGGAGAAACGGGUGGCUACAGAUCAUGUGGCGUGGACAAGGAAUGUGUUCCCAGACAUUUGUGCGUUGAUGGUGCCAUCAGUACAACCGGUGAAAACUUUAUUGACAUUCGUAUCAACGAUGAUGUCUGUAGUUAUAGUGAAAUUUGCUGUGAUAUUCCCAAUAAGAGAAAUGAACCUGUCAUUCCUCCCUAUCCCAAGGAACUUCACGAAGGUUGUGGCUGGCGUAACGAUGAAGGUGUUGGCUAUAAGAUCACUGGUGACACCGAUAACGAGUCUGAAUUUGGUGAAUUCCCCUGGAUGGUUGCCAUUCUCCGUACCGAAGAUGCUGGUGGUGAAAUAAUUCACUUGUACGACUGCGGCGGUUCCUUCAUUGCACCAAAUGUUGUCUUGACCGCUUCACAUUGUGUCAUCAAUCGUAAGCCCAAUCAAUUGGUUGUGCGUGGUGGUGAAUGGGACACCCAAAAUACUAAUGAAAUUCUUAAUCAUGUUGACAAGCCAGUUAAGGAGAUCAUCACUCAUGAGAAAUACAAUAAAGGUGCUUUAUACAAUGAUGUUGCUUUGCUUAUUUUGGAGGAACCUUUUGUUUGGCAAGAGAAUAUUCGCCCCAUUUGCUUGCCCGAACCUAAUGCCAACUUCGAUCACAGCCGCUGUUUUGCCACUGGUUGGGGUAAAGACAAAUUCGGUCGUGAGGGUAAAUAUCAAGUGAUUUUGAAGAAAAUUGAUUUGCCUGUGGUUCCUCAAGCCACCUGUCAAAAAUACUUACGUGACACUCGCCUGGGCUUGUACUUCAACUUGCAUGAAAGUUUCUUGUGUGCUGGCGGUGAAAAGGACAAGGAUACUUGCAAAGGUGAUGGUGGCUCUCCAUUGGUUUGUCCCAUACCCGGUGUUAAGAAUCGUUACUAUCAAGCCGGUAUUGUUGCCUGGGGUGUUGGAUGUGCUGAAGAAAAUGUUCCUGGUGUUUAUGCCAAUGUCCCACACUUGCGCCCCUGGAUUUCAGAAAAAUUAGCUGCCAGAGGUAUACCAUUUACCCCCUUUACUCCAUAAGUUACUUAACUUUUGUUUGUGAAAAAUUAAUAUAAUACAAAUAUUUGCUUAUGUACUUGUGUAUACAUAAAUAUUGAAAUAAAUCUUCUUAAAUAAUAGAA